AUGGAAGAAUUCGAAAUGAAUCUGUUGCUUGAAAAUUUUCUAGACGAAGAAAAGGUGUUACAUAAUUUCCCAUUCAAGUAUUUCCAUUUGUUAAUAUAUGCAUUCAGAAAUUAUUAUUUUAAUAUAUAUUUGAAAAAUAGAGCAAAAAAUAAGGAUAAUGAAAAAUUUACACAAAGUGGAACAAAUAAAGAAUUAGAAAUUAAUCAGCCAGACGUGACUUUGAAUUUAUCGAAGAGUCAAUAUAACUAUAAAAAGAAGAAAAAACAUAUUUCUUUCGGGAGAUUUGAAAGUAUAGGCAAUAAUUGUGCGGUAAGUGAUAGGAAAAAAAAUGUUCAAAAUGUACAUAGUGAACACCGCUUGAGCAGCAGUGCUAUGCAUGCUACCGCGAAUGGUGCUGCUAAUGCUCAUGUUGUUUCUGACAGUCAUAAUAAUAAAAGCUAUAACUGUGAAGGUGUUAAUUUCCUACCAAAGUGGUGCAAGGAAAUAAGUUUAAGUGACAAAAAUGAGAAUUUCCUUUUAAAUGUAUUACCUGAACAUGGUCAUAAUGAGGAAAAUUAUUCUGAACAGGAUAUAAUAAAAAUGAUAUACUAUUUUAUACACAAUUUUAUUUUUAACAAGGAUAAGAAAAAGAAACAUAAAAUAAAAGAAAAAAGUUAUUUAAUAAAAAAACUGGAAAAAGAUGAAAAGGCGCAAAGUGAGCAAUGUAUUAAAGCUCAAAAUGUAAAGGAAGAAAAGGAAGAGAAAACAAAAAAAAUAAAAAAAUUGCCAAGUAAUCAUAAAAAUAAAAAUGAUAAUAAUGAGAUAAGCAAAACGUUAGAAAACAAUACUUUGCAUUAUGAAGCGGAAAGGAAGGAAAAUACAAAUAAUAAUGAAAAUAAGGAGUGUGGUGAAAUGAUAUUUGAAAAGGGGGAGGAUACCUAUAUGCUCGAAGCACAAGAUGUACAUGCAAUAGAGGAAGUGCACAAAGCACCAUGCGAUGAAGAGGAUGAAGGGGGAAAGGAAAAAUUUGUAACAUUGAAAGAAGAUGAAGAGAAUAAAGACGCGACCUUCAUUAUUAGAAAUCAUAAGGACAGUUUAAUGAUAAAUGAUAUAAAUGAUAUAUUACAUGAGAAGAAAAACAUAGAUGGUGCUUCUAAUUUUUGUGCGGAUAAUGUGGAUGUUAAGAAUAAUGGUAUGCAUUCAUCAAUAGUUCAAAAUGACACAAAUGUUAAUGAUAUUUCGAAGGGUUCAUGUGCAGAUGAAGUAGCAGUAGGAGUGGAAGAAGCAGUGGGGGUAGCACGUGCUGAAGAGAAUAGCGUAAAGAACAAAAAAGCAAAAGAACUGAAGAAUGAAAAAAAAAUAUUAGUUGGAAUAAAUAAAAACAAGGGCCAUUCAGUGGAUGAAGAAAAGAAUAAUAACGAUACACAGGUUUGUGGUGAUAUCACAGAAGAGUCCAUGGAAGAGGAAAAAAAAAGAAUUUUGGAAAUUAUUGAAAAUUAUAUGAACAAGGAGCAAGUAUAUUUCAGCAUGAGUGAUAUAUAUUACCCUUUUACAGCUAAAAAUUUUCAUUUUUGUAAAAAAAAAAAUCAAAAUAAAAAAAUGAUAAAAACUAGUGUAAGUCAUUGUAAAUAUGCCUACUCAUCUGACUCUUUUGAUAACUCGCCAUCUAAAAGAUACUUAAGGAAUAAAUUGUUUUUUUGUAAAUUAAAAAAAGGUUUAAAUUUACUAUUAAAAAAUGAAAAGAAAAAAAGAAAAUAUAAGCGAAACGUUACAGCCCAUAGAAAUAAUAAAAACUGUAAAACGAAUGACAAUGAAGAGAUUGUGGAGGAUGCAGAUAACAUAGCAGCAAACAGUGGAAGCAAGGGAAGAAAUACUAAGCAGGCUAAGCAAGUUAAGCAGGUUAAGCAACAUAAGCAGCAGCUCAUUCUAAAUAAUAGUACUAAUGAAGAGUUAGCAAGCAAAAGUUAUAUAAUAAAUGAUAAUAGUUUGAAUUACCCUUUUAAAGGGUUGAAUGAAAAGUUUAGUAAUGUAAAAAUUAGAAAGAGAAAAACAAAUCAAAAAAAUGUAAACGAAUUUUUGGAUGCAGGUGAUAUGUGUACCUUUGCCAACAACACAAGCGUCGGAGGAAAUACAUAUGAUAGUUCUUUAAGAUGGAAUAACUCGGAUAAUUACGUUGCUUCCUAUAUCGGAAACUGCAAUGAUAAUGCAGGUUACAGGUACUAUAAUGGGGGUAACAGUGGAAAUGGUGGAAACAACGGAAGCAAUAGCAUGAAUAGCGGAACGAACAUCGCCAUUAAUAGUAAGAGUAACGGUCAUUUGAAUCAGGGACUUCAUAACAGCAUAAUGUGCAAAAACGAUCUUAACCUUAAAAAGAUGCAGGAAGUGCAGGGUAAAUUAUGCAACAUGGAUGGUAAUGAUGUUGCAAGUGCUGCGGCUGCUACAGCUAUUUCUGUUGGAUCUGCUGGUGGGCAUGCCUUUCCCUCAUUUGAAAACUCUAUUAGUAUGGAGAGUUAUAGUAGGGAGAUAGAUAGUAACUCGAGGAUAGCUUUUUAUGGCAAAAAUAAAUAUAGUAAUUUCAAUAUUUGUGAAAACUAUAAUAAUAAGAAUGAGUAUGGUCAUAAUUUAAAGGAGAAGGAAUUUAAAAAUAUGCCUCGUGGUAGUGACGAAAGCAUAAAUAAAAAUGAUAACAAAAGCAGCAACAUUAGAAGUAGCAACAUUAGAAGUAGCAACAGUAGAAGUAGCAACAGUAGAAGUAGCAAUAACAGAAGUAGCAAUAACAGAAGUAGCAAUAACAGAAGUAGCAAUAAUAGAAGUAGCAAUAAUAGAAGUAGCAAUAACAAUUUAAUGAACAAUAUGCAGAAUUAUUAUUACUUAAACAACAGCUCGUCUCUUCUAAGGACUGACAAGCAUUAUGGCGCUAACGUAAAUGAAUGUAAGUAUAAUAAAAAUGUUGUUGAUAGUGGUAAAGGUCAUGAAGCGAAAGAUGGACAAGAAAAAAAGAAAAACUAUUACACAAACAAUUUAUCUAAAGAAUUGUAUUUUAACAAUAUGUAUUCACCCUAUGCCUAUCGGAAUUGUAGCACUGGUAAUGGUAAUGGUUAUGAUAAUGGCAAUGGAAGUUACGAGUUCAAUGAUAUGUUCCACGUAAAUAAUGAAAACAGUAUGCAUAUUUUCAAUAAUAGUAACUUGAAUAAUCUGAGAGCAGCCACAUCAAAGAGCUCGUACUAUAGGAGCGACAUCGAUAAGGUGGACCACAUGAACAACAAUGUAAGUGGCGAUGGUAUCAGUAGUGGUAACAACAGUACAUAUAGCAAUAUGGUUGUGGAUCAAGUUAAAAACAUGUUUAAAACCAAAGUGCCUCUAAACGUUGAGGGGGGAAAUAUUCCUAACAUCUUACCAAACUUAAGAAAUGUAAAAAAUAAAAAAUCGAAAAACAGCAGCAUACCUUUGGAUUAUGUUGAUGGCAACUACUACUACAUGAAUAAUAUUACUAACUCACCCAAAAGAAGAAGAAAUAGAAAAAGCGCUAAAAAAAACAAUGUUUCAAAAAGUGGUAGAGGAAGUGCUAAGAGCGGUUUUGUUAAUGAGGAGGGGAGCACUGACAAAAUGAAGGUCGAUGUUGCUCAUAGUGAUGACAGUAGUGGUAAGGGAAAUGACUGUGAUGGGAAUAACGAUGAUAAUAAGGAUAAUGGGGAUAACAGCGAUAAAAGUGGGGGAGGUGUAGGCGGUAUGGGCGGCAUUGGCAGGGGGGCUGGUGAUGGAAAUAAUCGGUAUGGUGGAAAUAGCUACAGUUAUGGAAGUUAUAAUGCUAACAAUUACAAUUCUAACAGCUACAACGCAAACACUAAACAAAAUUGUGUACCCAAUAAUAGUUUCAUUGACACGCAGAAGCAUACCUGCACUAACGAGAAGGAGGUCAAGCUCUCGUCGGAAAAUCUAAAAGGCGGCGAUUUUAAUACAACUGAUGUUAUAAAAGAGGUGCGAAAAGUUCAUAUAGGAGGAAGUAACUCAACAGAUGCCAUCGGCAAUAUAUGCUUAAGUGCUAGCGCGAAUGUUAGUGAAAAUGUUAGUUUGAAUGUUAGUUCGAAUGUUAGUUCGAAUGUAUGUGCGAAUUUUAGUUCGAAUGUAUGUGCGAAUGUAUGUGCGAAUGUUUGUACUAAUGCUUCCUGUAAUAUUUGUAUAAAUGACAAGGGGCAUUACCCUUGGGAUAGCAAAAUGAGGGAAAUUAAAAAAAAUGGGACAUUGUUAUUAAAUGAUGAUAUGAAUAACAGAGUAGCUGGCACUGUAGGAAUGAAUAAUACAAAUACUAGCGAUGAGAGGGGAACAGUAUAUUUAAAGGAAAGUCAUCAGAAUAGUUAUCACCAUGAUCAGUAUAAUGAUCCUCAUCAUGAACUGCAAUUUGAGCAGAAUCCUAAUCAUACGAACACAUCAAGUUGUCAUAUGCAUGAUUUGGUAGAGAAGUAUAAAAAUAUAAGCACAAAAAUACAGAGUGAUAGUUACAAAGAUAGUUCUAGCACACCAUAUGAAGAAAGAAUGAAGGACCAAGGGUUGAUGACUAAUAAUACAUGUGGAUUAAAUGAUUAUUUUAUGAAAUAUGAAAUUUAUAAAAAUAAAAAUCUAACGGAUUCGUUAGGUAAUAAUAAAAAAAUGGCACACUUACAACAAAUUGAUGACAGAUAUUCACUACAUGAAGAAAAGGUAGGGAUUGUGUUAGUUGAAAAUAAAAUGAUGGGAAAUGAUCUAGAUAAUAAUACUAAGGAUGGUAAGGAUAGUGGAUAUAAUAAAAUGAUCAAGACUAAAACAUUCCAUCGGAAAUUUGAAAAUACAAAACUGCUUAGUCAGAAACCUAGUCAGAAUACAAGUCAGCACCUUAGUGAGCAGUUAAACGUAUGUAAGGGGACUAACUCGUAUAAGCAUAUCGUAUACGAAAAUAAGAGCAUUCAGAAAAUUAGCGUAAGUACAAGUAAUGAUUGUAAUGAGAAAAAUAAAUACAAUCAUUGCUCGAUUUACUACAAGUGUGUGGAUGAUAAUAACAAUGAUAACCAUGAUAAUAAAGAAACAAAUAACAUUCACAUUACUGAUGACAAUGGAACCUCUAAGAACAGCCAUGUGGGAAAGGAUGUAAACAAAGACGCUAGUGCAAAUUAUGAAAAGGGCAAAACAUUUUUUAGUUAUUCUGUUGAGGGUAAAGAACAACUCUUGCAUAAAGGAUGUACUAACAAUGUUGGCAGUAGUAGAAGUAAUAACAAUAGCAGUAACCAAAAGAGUAGCAGUAACCAUAACAAUAGCAGUAACCAAAACAAUAGCAGUAACCAUAACAAUAGCAGCUGUAGUGAUAAGGGGUGUAGCACUGAAAGCGUCCAAGAAUGCAGCUUAAACGUGAGCGAACAUAAGGCGAAUAAAAAGAGUGCGAGAACUGCCAUUGGUGUAAGCAACAACGGAAGUAGUACCAGCAAUAGUAGUAACAAUCCUAACAACCUUGCUACGAAUGCAAGCAGCACCCUUCAGAUCUGUGUGUCCCGUCCAAGGAUUAUGAGUAACAUGAAGGAGUGUAACAACAGCUACAGCGAAGUUAAUGUUCUCAAUGAUCUGAAUGGUCAGAACAACCCCAACAGUUCGAUUAAUUACUCAUUUGAAACUAUAGACAGUAGCAAAGGAAAGCAAACCACGGAUACAAAGAGUAGCAAUGGCAAUAGUAGGAGCAGCGGAAACAACAGCAACGAUAACAUCAAUAGCAGUGAGAACGUUCUGAUGAGAAACAACUAUUCUGCAGAUAAUAUUUGUUCGAAUGAAGCGGAUGCAAGUGACGAGAUGGUGAGGACGGAGAGAAAGGACUGGGUCAGUUACACAGGAGGAUACAACUCCGUUAGCAACAACAAGAUUGGAAGCAUUGGAAGAGAAAGAAGGGGUAAUAAGAACAGCAAGAGUAGAAGUAGCAAUGAGAACAGUUACAGUAGUAGUAGCAGUAGUAGCAGCAGUAGUAGCAGCAGAGGAAGUAUGGAUAUUAGCAGCAACAAUGAUAUUAAUAUUAACAAGAAUGAUAAUAAAAAGAGUAAUAGUAACAACAAUAAUCAUAACGACAGUGAUGAUAACAACAGUAGCAAUAACAGUAGAAGAAGCAAUAGAGGGAAUCCCAUCCCCGUGGUGGAAAAAUGCGGUACGAAGCGCAAAAGUCUUCUAGAUGGUAUUCAGGAUAAUAAUAGAAGUAUUAGAAAUAAAUCCAACUACAGUAACAAAAGAGCGAACAAGAUGAAUGUGAUAAGUGAGAAGAGAGUUUUCAGAAUGAUGGAUAAGCAGAUAGAGAGUGCAUGCAUUGCAAAUAAAUUAUAUGAAAAGUCAGUGAACAUUAUAUCAUUAAAUGAUGUCAAUUGUAUAGAUCAGAAAAAUAAAUUUAAUCAAAAUAGCAAAAAUUAUGAUAAUAGUACUUCUACUCCUGUUAAAAGAAGGAGUAGGACAGAUAUAGAUGCCCAUUCAAAUAAAAAAGGAAUGGAAAUAAAUUUCUUAUCAAGUAAUAACAACAGUCACAGUCGUAUAAAUGGUCAAUAUAAAGAUGAACUCAUGAUGCAUUCGCAAUUAACUAAUGAAGGUAACUUAGAUAGUAAGAACGAGGGGAUUGAAGGAACGAGUAAGAAUAAUAUUGUGACUACUUCUACCAUGAAUGCUUGUAACAUUUUCAACAUGAAAGACUGUACUGUUUAUAAUAAUAUUGAGACUGAGAAAAAGGGUAUUAUUAUUACUACUGCCCAAGAAGCUGAAUCUAAAAAUAUUAUAAAGAGAGGAGAAGAUAAUGAAAAUAUCAAAGAGGGAGAGUUGUCAAAUAUAAAGAGUAGUAGCAGUUAUUUACUGGUGAAUGAUUCCCCACAUAAAGAGGAUAAGUUUCAUCGGAAAGGAGUCAGUUUCAGUUAUAAGAAAGCGCUUCCGGUGAGCGGCAUUGAUAGCUGCAUUGAUAGCGGCAGCAGUAACAGUAGCAGUAACAGUAGCAGUAACAGUAGCAGUAACAGUAGCAGUAACAAUAGUAGCAGCAAUGACUGUAAUAAGCACGAUAUGAAUAUAGGCUUUAUAAAACCUAAGGGGAUAGGGGAUGAAAAAAAGAUCAAUUUUAAAAAUGUUUUCAAGUACACCAAGUGUUCAAAGCGAAAGGUGGGUACCGACCUAGGAUACCUAGCAAAGAACGUAAUGAUGUUUAGCGGUGGAAAGAGUAACAACGAUUAUGUUAGCGGAUGCACGAGUGGUGGAGGAAGAGGAGGCGAUCAUAAUGGAAAGCAGAUUGACGAGAAGGAUGAACGUAACAGUGAGAAGAAUGGCGAGAAGAAUGAUGAAAAGAUUAAUGAGAAGAAUGAUAAGAGUAGUGACAAAUGUAAUGACGCUCCCUUAGAACAGCUAGAUGAUAUGGGAAGUGGAAACAACAAAAAUGGUUUUAACCGCUUGGAGGGCAUUUAUCCAUCUGGUUAUGGAGCAUUGAACUAUUAUGAAAAAAAUGAGAAGGUCAAGGAGUUAAACAAUUCUGAUAACAAAAAUGAGCAGAUCGCCAUUGCUGGUAGUUAUGAGGAACCACAAAACGAAACAAAAAUUAAAAAGAAAAAAGGAAGGAAACCAAAAAAUGCGAUUUUACAAGAAGAGAAAAGUAAUACGAAAGAAGAAGUUGUACCGAGUAAAAGUAGUGAUAAUAUAUUUUUUUUAAACAAAGAAAUGGAAAAGAACAAAACUGUUGAAUCAUCGAGGAGGACGACAAAAAUGAAAAAGAAAUUACACGAUGUAAGUUUUGGUUUUGAAAAAGUCGAAACUGGUGCCUAUAACGAAAAUGGAGAGAAGGUCUCAGGAGUCUGGUACGACACAAACAGGAGAUUAUGGCGUGUUAUGUACAUGGAAAACGACAAAAGAAAAACGAGGGGAUUCUCUCCGCGUAUUUACGGGUUUAACGUAGCAAGAGAUUUAGCAGUUCAGCUUAAGUAUGAGAUGAAUAAGAAGAAUAUGAAAUGA